AUGGACAGAAUCUUUUCAGAAGCAACCAGCGUGGUUGCUGAGCAUGCUAGCAUCACUGGCCAGCCACGGCUUGUGCGACUUCAUGACGACAAUUGCUCGUCGUCAACACCAGUGCGCAGCCGCUUUCCCAUUCCGAACGAGCUCCUCGAUAUUGUUCUAGAACACGUAAUCCGCAACAACACGUCAAGCUACCGCGAUAUCCUCACCUUCCUAUUGACUUGUCGAGCCUGCAACACACCGGAGUUUCAAAAGUACAUCUAUCGCACUGUGUGCUUUGCUCCCAACCCAAAGAGCAUCGCUGUACUGAAAGCCAUCUAUCCAGUCCGAGCAAAUCUCGUGAAGGCUUUGGUGUACAGAGAUGCAGCGCCUCAAGUACUAGAAGUUGCGGAGCGGAAGUUUGCGGGCCUAAGCUAUCACGACCCCGAGUUUUAUCGCCCAUGCGCACACGAUCGAGAGACGAAUCCGUGUCUUUAG